AUGUGGGAUAGAGGCCGGCCCCGAAGACCACUCGUGAGACCAGCGCUGAGACAAUCGUUGGCCACAACCGCCUCAGCGGUCGCGCGUCCCGUCAUAAACAUACCGGAGACCAAAGUAUCGACGCUGAAGAACGGCAUCCGAGUGGCCACCGAAGACUCGGGUAUACCCACGUGUACUGUGGGCUUCUGGAUAGACGCCGGCUCGCGGUACGAGACAGACGAGACCAACGGUGUCGCCCACUUUCUGGAGCACAUGGCCUUCAAGGGAACCGCUUCGCGAACGCAGACCGCUCUGGAGCUGGAGAUCGAGAAUAUGGGCGCACAUCUGAACGCCUAUACUUCCCGCGAGCAGACCGUCUACUACGCCAAGUGUCUGUCCAGAGAUGUGGGCAAAGCGAUGGAGAUAUUGGCCGAUAUUCUGCAACACUCGCGCUUCGGCGCCGAAGAGAUCGAAAGGGAGCGGUCGGUGAUCUUGCGUGAGAUGCAAGAGGUGGAGACCAACCUUCAGGAAGUGGUCUUCGAUCACUUGCAUUCCGUGGCCUAUAAGUACACGCCGUUGGGUAUGACUAUUCUGGGGCCCACCGAGAAUAUCAAGCAGAUUCAGCGCCAGGACCUCAUCGACUAUAUCAGUGGCCACUAUCGCGGGCCGCGGCUCGUGUUGGCCGGCGCUGGCGGUGUCGAUCACCAGCAGUUGGUCGCGCUUUGCGAACAACACUUUGGCACUAUUGAUGGGUCGGUGGACGAGUCGGUGCUGAAGCCGUGUCCGUUCGUCGGCUGCGAUAUCAGAGUGAAUGACCACUCGAUGCCAUUGGCGUACGCGGCCAUCGCUCUGGAGACCGUCGGUUGGGCCAAUGCGGACAACAUUAGCCUAAUGGUGGCCAACACUCUCAUCGGCUCGUGGGACCGGUCGCAGGGCUCGGGCUCUAACUGUUCGUCAUAUAUGGCUCUGUCGGCCGCGCAGCGCAACCUAUGCCACAGUUUUCAGGCGUUCAACACCUGCUAUAAAGACACCGGUCUUUGGGGCGUGUAUUUCGUGGCGGAGAAGCAAUCGCUGGAGGAGUUUGUCUGGCAUUUGGGUCACCAGUGGUCCCAAUUGUGUAACGAAGUGACCGAUGAACAGGUGUCUCGAGCCAAGGAUCUGCUGAAGACCAAUAUGUUGCUACAGUUGGACGGCUCGACGCCCGUCUGCGAAGACAUCGGCCGCCAAAUGCUGUGUUACGGCCGACGCAUACCAUUGCCCGAAAUGGAGGCCCGAAUAGACGCCGUGAACGCCGAUAUCGUGCGCAACGUUUGCCGCAAGUAUAUCGUCGGCAAGAGUCCAGUGAUGGCCGCCGUCGGACCCACCGAUAGUCUACCGGAAUACGAGACCAUUAAGGCUAAGAUAUGCGGCUAA